GAGUGCACCUUCGCGUCGCCGCGGCAGCACCUCUACAUGCGAGCGCGCGCGCUUUUCAUGGUUGGGGCCUGUGACGUCGCCCUCUUUCGAGAGCGACGACGCACUUUUGUGGAGGGCGCCACCGCCUAGCGGCAGCACACCUCACACUGCACACUGUGCCUGCGCGCGUUGGUGAAGUGCACCUCCGCGUGAGCGGCAGCACCUUCGCCAAGCGUAGCGCGCACCUCGUUGGAGUGCACCUCCGCUUUCGCGGCAGCACCUCCUCCGAGCACGGCCUGUCCCUCUGAGGAGUGCACCUCCGCGUGAGCGGCAGCACCUUCGCCAAGCGUAGCGCGCACCUCGUUGGAGUGCACCUCCGCUUUCGCGGCAGCACCUCCUCCGAGCACGGCCUGUCCCUCUGAGGAGUGCACCUCCGCGUGAGCGGCAGCACCUCCUCUGAGUGCGACAGUCGCGGCACCGAAGCCAGCGGAGUGCGAUCCGCACCUCUGCAAAGUGCACCUCUGCUUUCGCAGCAGCACCUGAGCAGAGUGCGGCGCUCAUAGCACAUCUGCAAAGUGCGCCUCUGCUUUCGCAGCAGCACCUGAGCAGAGUGCUUGACGCACAUCCGUGCGGAGUGCAGUCUGCACAACCGUGGAGUGCACCUCUGCGUUGCAGCAGCACCUCCACGGAGCGCGUCAUGCGCCUCCGCGUGGGCCGGGGCGCCUCGACGCUCCCGUGCCCACGGCUUUCUCUUUUCUUUUGGGGGGAUAUGGAUACCACACGGCGCGCGGGCCGUCUUGCUCUUUGUGUUUAUUCCGACAUUGCCAGACCGUACAACACACGGGCAACGAUCGAACGAGAAACCAAAAGGCCCGCACGUCGUUGCCCGGAGCGGUGUCGUCUCCGUUAGCUGGCAGCGCUUAGCCUCAUUUUGCUAUUGAUAGGGCUGAUGGACGCAAAAUAUCAAUUAAAGUUAUAUAGUGAAUGCCAUAUGCAUAUCAUGUAAGCGCUACGAAAGGAUGCGAAAUCUAGAUGAUACUACUCAUGGUUGAUUCCGCGAGCUCAAGAAGCAAAUAUAACAAACAAAAAGCACAGGAAGAAUAGGAAUAGCAAAAGCACCAAUUUACAAAGGAGAGGUAUGGAGCUGGAAACCGCGACUACGGAUAUCUAUCGUCGAGAAUGUACUAUCUGUUUAUGUAUAUUACGGGGUGCGUAUUUACAAACGCGGCAAGCACUUGCACUCAUUCAGCACAUAUAAAGAAGGAGGAAGAGCAGAGCCGCAUGGUUGACUCUUCAGUGGUGCUGGUGAAUUUGUAAGAUGCAUCGUCCAAUAAAUUUACACGAUUCAUCAAGUGGAAGUAUUUUACCACGCUAGUACAGUAGGUUCUUCCUCCUGCCCGUGCGCUUCGUCGAUAUCUUUUCCACCCGCCCGCCGUUCGUGGCCGUGGAACCCAAAAAUCAAGAGAUCCCGAGUGAAAGUAGAGCCUUUCUCCCGUCAAACGAGAUCUGACGAUCUACAAGAAGCGUUCCUUCAAUCGAUCUGAUAUGUUGGACUCGACGAGAGCAGUUGUGUCGCC